UUUAAGAACUUAUUGCAUAGGAAAAUGUUGAGGACAGACUCUACAAUAGUCGCAUUAGCAGUUUGGGUCAUCUUCUUCAACCUCGCUGGGCACUGCUAUGGUACUCUCGGCUAUGGUGGGCUCCAGUAUGGGUUCUACAAUGGCAAAUGUCGAGCUUCAGAUGUUGAAGAUAUCGUAAGAAGAACAGUCUACUCCAAGUUCCUAACAAACAGAAAAAUUGCCCCAGCUCUUAUUCGCAUGCAGUUCCAUGAUUGCUUUGUCAAUGGUUGCGAUGCGUCCAUCCUACUAGACGGACCCAACUCUGAGAAAACCGCACCCCCAAAUUUAAGCGUUAGAGGCUAUGACGUCAUUGAUGCUGCUAAAACCGCAGUCGAGAAUGUAUGCCCAGGAGUGGUUUCUUGUGCAGAUAUAAUUGUUAUGGCUACAAGAGAUGUCGUCUCCUUCAGCGGUGGAGCUAGAUACAGUGUCCAAACAGGAAGAAGGGACGGACUUGUGUCUCUUGCACAAAAUACUUUAACCCUCCCACCUCCUACUUCAUCGGUGUCAAGUGCCAUUCGAGCAUUUGCUCUCAAGGGAUUCACAGCCACCGACAUGAUCUAUCUCCUUGGUGGUCACACUAUCGGAAUCGCUCAUUGUUCAUUGUUUAAAGACCGUCUUUACAAUUACAAGAACACUGGGAAACCAGACCCAACCAUGGAUUUAUCGCUGUUAUCAUCGUUGAAGAGUAAAUGCCCUCAGAACACGACAGCGGAUCCCACUGCCAACUUGGAUCAAAACCCUUUUAGCUCUGCAGUUGUGGACAAAUCUUUCUACAGUCAAAUUAUUAUGGGUAGAGGAGUUCUUCAAUUUGAUCAAGAUUUGGCAUCAGACCGCCUCAGCAAGUCCACAGUUGCAGCCAUUGCGCGUUCCUCCGAUUUCAACGCCCGGUUCGGUCAGGCCAUGAUUAAGCUUGGUGCCACCCAAGUUCUUACCGGGAAACAAGGCCAGAUCAGGAAAUCAUGCCGAGCAGUCAACGUAGUACCAACUUUAACUUCUUUAGUUAAUUGAUUGAAUGCUGUAUAUGAUUUUUAAACAUUUUUUCAUACAUGUCCUUUUGUUUCACAUAUAUUGUUAUCGGUUUAUUCAUAUGACUUUUUUGUAUUUAUUGAGCUAUGUAUGUAUUUGAGGGAUUAAAUAUCGUAUUUGUUUGAUUGUGGGGAAUUUUGAAAUUUGUAUUUUGAUCA